AUGGCUCAAGCUGCGAUUAUCAUCUUACUUCUCUACAAGAUAUACUCUGUUCCAGCAGUGAGAAAUUCAGAGCCAGUAGUCAUCUCAGCUGAGCCUGGUAAAGAGGUCACUAUCACCUGCACAUUUGUAGAUGACUCUAGUGCAGAUGUUAGGAUUUGGUACAAACAAAGACUGGAGCACAUUCCACUGGAAGUGGGAUCAAAGUGUAAAGAUAAGGACCCAGUAAUGUCACCACGUUUCAAACAAACAAGAUUUAAAAUAGACAGAAUAGUGAAUGGCAUUUCUCUCAGGAUUAAAAAUGUUACUAAAGAAGAUGAAGGAAUGUACUUCUGUGGGCUGAGCAGACAGAAAGAGAUGAACUUUUCUACUGCUACAUUCUUGGCUGUAACAGGACAGUCAGACAUAUCAGUGCUCCAAACUCCAGUAAGGGGGUCAGUUUCUCCAGGAGAGCCGGUCACUCUGCAGUGCACGGUCAUCUCUGAGAUCAGAGCAGCAGAUCUCCGAGUGCUCUGGUUCAGAGCUGCUGCAGGACAAUCCUUUCCUGAAAUCAUUUACACUCAUCAGAACAGCAGCAGCCGUCAGUGUGAGAUCAGUUCUUCUACAACCUGCUCUCUGUAUGAGUUCUCUAAGAACAUCCUCGACCAGCACCACACUGGAACUUACUACUGCGCUGUGGCUGCUUGUGGGAAGAUCAUUUUUGGGAAUGGAGCAUCAGUAGAACUGACCUCUCCUGUGGAUCCCACUGUGUUCUAUCUGGGAGCAGCUUUGGGAAUCUGUGUGAUUGUGAUCUGUGUUCAAGCCAUUCAAAACCGCAGCGAUGUGACAUGA